CCAUAGGUAUGAAUGUGAGUGUGAAUGGUUGUUUGUCUAUGUCUGUGAUUGGCUGGCCACCAGUCCAGGGUGUACCCCGCCUCUCGCCUGAAGACAGCUGGGAUAGGCUCCAGCACCCCCCGCGACCCUCAUGAGGAUAAGUAGUAAAUGAAUGAAUGAAUGUAUGUAUAAUAAAAAACGAUUUGGUGAUUUUCGAAGUGUCCAUGAAUGCCUCUCGCGGUGGUCUCGUGCCAAUGCGGAAGUGUCAUUCCUACAAGGACUCGGAAGGGGUUUGUGAGUAUUAGAUGCAAACAUGGUGUUGGAAUGACACUAUUAUUGAUGUUUUCAGGUCAGAAUAAAGUCAUUAAAGAGUAUCAAACUCUUAGUGACCGUGUGGAGACGCUACACUGCUCCUUCUUCUGCCGUCAUUACAGAGACGUGGCUCGACAUGAUGCGCAUGCGUCAAUUAAGCUAACAAUUUUCACGUAUAUUUGAAGCAAAAUGGCGGUUAUGGAUCUCAUUCAUGAAAGAAACGAGUUGCCGUCGUUAUCCUGCUAUUUGUGACAGCCUUAAUUCCAUGAUGGGAUAUUCUUAUGUCUGGCGCUGAUAGCAAAGUGCUGGCGAAUCAGGAAAAAGCACAAUUGUCAAACAGAUGAAAAUUAUCCACAAGGACGGCUACUCGCUAGAAGAAUGCUUGGAGUUCAUCACCAUCAUCUACAGCAACACCCUGCAGUCCAUCAUGGCCAUCGUGAAGGCCAUGACCACGCUCAGCAUCAACUACGGACACCCGGAUCAGCAGGAUGACGCCAGGAAGCUGAUGCACCUGGCGGACACCAUCGAGGAGGGCACCAUGCCCAAGGAGCUGUCCGACAUCAUCCUGCGUCUCUGGAAGGACUCUGGCAUCCAGGCGUGUUUCGACCGGGCCUCCGAGUACCAGCUCAACGACUCGGCCGGAUACUACCUGAACGACCUGGAGCGUCUCAUCCUGCCGGGUUACGUCCCCACCGAACAGGACGUCCUGCGUUCCCGAGUAAAGACCACCGGCAUCAUCGAGACGCAGUUCUCCUUCAAGGACCUCAACUUCAGGAUGUUCGACGUGGGGGGUCAGAGGUCGGAGAGAAAGAAGUGGAUCCACUGCUUCGAGGGCGUGACAUGCAUCAUCUUCAUCGCCGCCUUGAGUGCUUACGACAUGGUGCUGGUGGAGGAUGACGAAGUGAACCGAAUGCACGAGAGUCUGCACUUGUUCAACAGCAUCUGCAACCAUCGCUACUUCGCCACCACCUCCAUCGUCCUCUUCCUCAACAAGAAGGACGUCUUUGUGGAGAAGAUCAAGAAGGCUCACCUGAGCAUGUGCUUCCCUGAUUACGAUGGCCCCAACACCUACGAGGACGCGGGGAACUACAUCAAGGUCCAGUUCUUGGACCUCAACAUGCGGCGAGACGUGAAGGAGAUCUACUCCCACAUGACCUGCGCCACCGACACCGAGAACGUCAAGUUUGUGUUUGACGCCGUCACCGACAUCAUCAUUAAAGAAAACCUCAAAGACUGCGGCCUCUUCUGAAGGCGCCCGCAUGGUUUUUUGGUGAUUUUUCCCACCCCCAAUGUAGCGAGGACACCCAUCAAUCAUUUGCAACAUGUUGACCCUGAAGUACAAGGGGUCAAGGGUCAACAGAGACUAAACACAGCACAGGUCACACACGAGUUUUUGUUUUGUUUUGUUUUGUAGUCCAGCUAGGAACGUGCCGACCUCACCGCCUGCAGACGCACUUCUGGUGGGCUGACCUCCAGCUCAUCCCGGCUUCGUAACGUACGCCGUCUGCACGCUCUUAGACGAUAGGACUGUCCUUCACCGUCCUGCCGUCCUGUGCGACGUCAAGUCUACAGUCAACCAUUAAAGCUUCUCUAGACAACACAGCACUGCUCCUUUAUCGCUUUUCAUCAACGCUUCAUUGCAUCAUUGCAAGGCACGGUGGUAUAGUGGUUAGCGUGCAAACCUCACAGCUAGGAGACCAGGGUUCAAUUCCACCCUCGGCCAUCUCUGUGUGGAGUUUGCAUGUUCUCCCCGUGCAUGGUUGGGUUUUCUCCGGGUACUCCGGUUUCCUCCCACAUUCCAAAAACAUGCUAGGUUAAUUGACGACUCCAAAUUGUCCAUAGGUUUUUGUCUAUAUGUGCCCUGUGAUUGGCUGGCCACCAGUCCAGGGUGUACCCCGCCUCUCGCCCCAAGACAGCUGGGAUAGGCUCCAGCAUACUUGUGUGACCCUAGUGAGGAUAAGCGGCAUAGAAAAUGGAUGGAUGGGAAUAUUGGAUGUGAUUUUGUGAUUGGGCUGCACGGUGGUUGAGUGGUUAGCACGCAGGCCUCACAGCUUGGAGACCCGAGUUCAAUUCCACACCGGGCCAUCUCUGUGUGGAGUUUGCAUGUUCUCCCUGUGCAUGCGUGGGUUUUCUCCCGGUACUCCGGUUUCCUCCCAAUUGCCGACUCCAAAUUGUCCAUAGGUAUGAAUGUGAGUGUGAAUGGUUGUUUGUGGUGGGAUAGGCUCCAGCACCCCCGCGACCCUUAUGAGGAAAAGCAGUAGAAAAUGAAUGAAUGCAUCAUCCAACACAAGCCUGUUUCCAAAUGUGCACACUUUUGGAACUGAGACAUAUAUAAAAAUAUAAAAAUAUAACAAAUUAAUGACAUUAAAUCUAAUUAUUUUUAUUUAUUUUUAAAUAUUAUUUUAAACUUUGUAUCUAUUUAAAAAAAAAUCAAAAUAAGAAUAAAAUAAUUCUGUGGAUGAAGGCGCUGUAUCUUAAUGAUAAUACAAUGUAAGCUCCAUUGAAGUAACCCAAGUAGACAAUGAGUCUACUUCCUGGUGUACCGUAGGAAAUGAUCCAAUUUCGCCUGUUCAGCAAAAGAAAGUGCAUUUGUGGCGUAAGCAUGUAAUACACUUCCAAAUCAGUAGAGGGCAGCAUUCAACUCAUUGCUGUGUACGUGUGAGUCCCACGGCGGCGACACUGUAACAGUAGAGGCAUUGACAAUUGACCGACAAGCUUUGUGAACUCAGAACUGGACCAAAUCGGGAUCCAGAUAGAAACCCACGUAUGAGCAAACAUCUGAAGAAAGCCAGUUAUUAAGUGUGAAGAGACUUUUAAUCCUCAACACACAGCUGAGCCAUUAAGAAAGACAUUGUAGGCAACGACUGACUAUACUAAACAUCACUUCCUGUUGCUUUAAACCCUGAGAUGAUUAGCAGAAGAUGUGCAAUCGCGUCAAAAUAAAAUACAUCAUCAGUCCAUUCAGUCAUAUGGGGGGAAAAAAACAUGGAGGAAUGAGCGUGUACAUAAGGACGGACUGUAACAAUAUUGAAAUGAUGCUUU